AUGCCGUAUGAAGUCCUGUUUGUCAGCCUGCCCGUUUACUCAGUCUUCGUGAGAGUUGUCCCGCAUCUUCCCUCGUCUGUAUUUGUGGUUUAUUUAAAGUCACUUUUGAAUCCUUCUUCUCAGAAAAAUGGCGCGUACUCCUUUAAGGGCAUGCCCUACGCCGCUCCACCGGUCGGCAGCCUGCGCUGGGCGCCUCCGGCAGAACCGCCGUGCAGGGCCGGGGUGACGGACGCCGGACGCUUCGGCAGCGUGUGCCCCCAGGUGCGUCCGCUGGCGAGCACCGGGCGGCUGAUGGGCCAGGAGGACUGCCUGUUUGUCAACGUGUGGACGCCCACGCUGCAGCCCGACGCCAGGCUGCCCGUCAUGGUCUGGAUCCACGGGGGACACCUGCACAUGCUCAGUGGAGGCGAACCCGGCUACUCGCCCACGGAGAAGCUCGCCGGCGACACCAACAUGGUCUACGUCAGCUUCAACUACAGACUCAACGCCUUCGGCUUCCUGGCGCUAGAGGUGCUGAGAGAAGGUUCUCCGAAGAACUCCUCAGGGAACUAUGGCUUCCUGGACCAGAUCGCAGCUCUGAAGUGGGUCCAGAGGAACAUCCGUGCGUUUGGAGGAGAUCCUGGGAGAGUCACCUUAUUUGGACAGGGCUCAGGUGGAACGUCAGUGUGGACCAUGAUGAUGUCUCCGCUGGCGAAGGGUCUCUUCCACGCGGCGGUGGACAUGAGCGGCGCGUACGUGUACAACGCCACGCUGGAACGGGCCGAGUCCGACAACCUGGCGUUCCUGAAGAAGACGGACUGCAGAGACGCCGCCUGCCUCAGACGUCUCUCCGUCAGACAGGUCCUGCAGGCGGUCCCAUGGCAGGAGUUCCCGUCCUGGGCAGCAGAUGAGAUGACAGACCUCCCCGUCAGAGGCCGCUUCAUCGGCCCGGUCGCCGUGGUGGACGGAUACGUCCUGGAAGCUCCGCCUUUCCAGGUGUGGGACAAGAAAGGAAACCACAGCGACGUUCCUUUUGUCGUUGGGACGACGGAGCAGGAGGCCGACUUCAGCCCGGCGGCUGUAAACAUCUCCAUGUGGACCUGGGGGGACUACCAGUGGUUCGUAACAGGUAACUGAAA